AUGGCUUUCGUGAAUGCCCCGCCGCCCGUGCUGCUUGCUGGCGCGGCCGCCGACGCACCUGGCCAGGCCUGGGAGCGGGAUCAGCGGCGCAAGACGGGACUGAGCACAGGUGGGGUCGCGAUGGAGGAUCGGGACACUGACGAUGACAUCGCCCCCGUCGGGGUCCAGCGUGCUGUGCCCGCCCAGGCCGUCGUGCCGCAGGCCGCCCCGAGCCCUCCUACCGACCCAGCACAGCUAGGGCUGGCGCAGUAUAUCAUCGGGGCCCUCAACCAGUCGAUGGGGGUGAAGUUGGACGGACUGCAGACUCGUGUCGAUGCCCUGCAGCGCACUUCAGAGGCUAGCAGCCGCGACAUCUCCGCGGUGCAGGCCAGACUGAGGGCGCAGGAGGUCAGACUAGAGGCUCUCGAGGCGGGCCGCUCUUCUGCGAGUUCGGUCGGGCCGAGAGCGGGCUUGGGAUCUGUCUCCCACGUGAGCGGCCAGCCUGAUCCGUGGGGUGCGUACCUGGAUCAGCAGCGCGCAGGCGGGAUGCCACCGCCGACGGCGCGGCCGCGAGGAGGGAAGAACUGCAAGCACAUGGUGUUCGUCGCGGGCUUCCCUGGCACGUGGGAUGAGGAUGAGGUUGAGAAGCACUUGCGUACGGAGCUCGCCAGGACGAUCUCCCUAGAGGCGCAAGGGAUCACGGAGAUCUGCGGGGUGGGGCGGUUCUGCGACCAGGCCAAAGUGGUCUUCGCGAACAAUCAAAAGAUGUGGGGUUUCAUGAAGCGCUGGAAGGGCCAGAAGAUUCCAUGCCCUGGGGCGCGCAACGACAAGCUGUGGCACAAGGUUGACCAGGAGCCCCAUGAGGUGGAGCUCUCGCGGCGGGUCAGCUGCGCGGUGAGGAUCCUGCGCGAGUUCGGCAUCCAGUCGGGGUUGUGCACGGAGGAGUCGAAGCAGCGGACCUUCGACGGCGACUGGGACCGCGGACAGGUGGUGUUCCGCAAGAACAGUACGGAGAGGCCAGUUCGCCUGCUGCAGCGCUGCAGGACGUCAGACAUGCUCGAGGUCAGCACCGACGCCCUGGCAGCGGCUGCCUUGGACCAGGAGCUCAAGGAUCUCAAGCUGCACGAGCGGCUGAGCGAGAUCAACGACCCUCCGAGGUGUGCGAUAGCGGUGGCCAACUCACUGGCGCCCUCCGUCAUUGGCGAGCCGCAGUUCCACGGCCGCACCAUGGCCCUAGACUUACAGUUGCCUAUCUGGGGUCGAGUGCGGGCUAUCACUAGCCACCUGUUUUCGCAUAUCGUUCGAUGUGAGUACGCUGGGACCGUCCAGCAGUUACGAGAAUGUUUGAUCACCAUGCCGAUUGAUUGCCACGCCAUUGUCAGCAUCGAUGCCCAGGGGCCCAGGCAGAUCGACUUCAUGUUGAUCCACCGCGACUGGUUGCCGCGGACGCAUUGCCAGGCCCGCUUCACCGACGCCUCCUCGAGCGACCACCUGCCGCUCCUCCUGCGCUGCCACGCUGGCCAAGGCGUUCCCACGAUCGAUGGCCACACCGAUCUGACACCGAUGGAGACCGUUGAGCGACCACCACGGAAGCCCGUGGGCUGGCAGGUCGAAGACCCCGAGCUGUUCAACUCCACCAUCUGCACGCCCCUGGAGAUCAGCUACACCCCGCCAGAGACCGCGAUGUACACUGAGGGGGACAUGACGAACGCUAUUGGGGAUCUUUACGGACGGCUCUGCUCGGCGUGGCGCUGCUCUGGCUACUCGGACAGCGUCUACUCGGACAGCAUCUACUCGGACGGCGCUGCUCUAGCACGGGGCGGCGCCCGCAUCAUCGUCAGUACCGACUCCACGUACGUACGCAACCUGCUGCAGGGUGUCUUCCAGCCGAAGGGGAACUUCGAGCUUGCGACCCUGGCCACCCACCUGUGGCAGCGCUGCCAGACCGCUUAUGACAUGAUCAUCAGAUGGGUGGAGAGCCACAACGGGAACACGGGCAACGAGCAGGCAGACUACCUCGCCAAGAAGGGCAGUGACCAGCGCUACAGCGACAGCCGCUGGAGACGGCCAUAUCCGACACCUGACUGGGGCUCUGCUGGCUUCCAGGAAACCUGCGCUGCCCACCGCGCAGCCUGCCGUGCGGAGCGGAAGCGGCGCCAGGCCGACAUCCUCAGUGAGGACGCGGGUGCCGCGCUGGGUCUCCACCUGGCAGCGCCUGCGGCGACAGCCUCCAGCACGCGCCAGGGCAUCGCCUCGCUGGGCCUCCUGUCAGCCGCCAUCUGCGCGGCCGCCGCGAAGGCUGGCCACGCCCCGCGCCGAGGCUGGUGGCGGCCGCCGCCAGGCGACGCCCAGCUGCUCCAGCUGCGGGCCUUGGAGCGCGCGCGAGCCGCGGAGGAGGGCCCGAGAGUGAGACACCUCAUGGGGCCCGCGGUCUGCAAGCUGAAGCGGGCUAUGAGAGACCGAUGUUCCACUGAGCAUCUGUCCCGUCUGUGCGAGAGAGGUCGGGCCGAGAAGGCCUACAAGACGGGGCGCCCAGUGCACUGCCUUGUUUGGAUGGAUGGCGGCCAGGCUACCACCAGUGCCGAGCGACUGCAGGAGGCUCAUACUUUCUACACUCAACUGUUCCAGGACGCGGCCAGUGACCGACAGCUGCCAGGUUGGAUCCACCAGCAGUGGUCAGCCGAGGAGCAACAACAAUCCGUGCCUUUGAGCCCCCCGCUUCUCCGCAUGUGCAUCGGCCGCCUCAAGAGCUGCAAGUCCUGCGACGAGACCGACAUGAUCGCGGGCGAAAUGCUCCAGGGGCUGGAGACGGACGUCUUAGAGCACCUGCUGCAGGCCUUCAGACUGCGGCUCAGGAAUCACACCUCGGAAUAUUUCGACACGGCCUGGAGCGGCCACGUGGUUCAGCUCAUCCGAAAAGUGCCAGAUGCCCGAAAGAUCAGUCAGUUUCGCCCGAUAGCCCUGAUUUCGGUGUUGCAGAAGAUACUGAGCAUGAUGGUGAUGGAAACGCAGCGAGGAGUGAUCGAAUCGUGCCGUAGUGAGAGCCAGUUCGCUUUUCGUAGAGGUUAUCAGGCCCACGAAGUCAUGUAUAGCUUGCGCCACUUCGUUGAGAAGUUCUGCGAGUAUAAGGACCCCCCGCUCGUCGUCGUGGGCGGAGACAUGAGAAAGUUUUAUGAUUUUAUUCAGCACGCCGCUCUGGCCCGUCGCCUCGACAGUCACGGG